AUGUACAGGAACAAAUAUCAACCGAACAUCUUGUCCCUCCUGCUGAGCGCGGGCUCCAAACCACUGGACCUAUGGAAGACGAAGACGAAGAAGGGGUGUGUCAGAAAAGUUUUAGACGACACCAUUAAGCUAAGUGCAAUUGAGAUCAUGUCGGAAAACACGUCCGAUUCGUAUAUUUACACAGCCCCAGAGAAGUUUUCCUCCCUGGGGAUCAGCCUGCCCUUCAUCGUACUGAUCGUGAAAAAUAUGAACAAAUACUUCUCCUUCCGAAUAAGCAUAAUGGACGACAAGAAGUGCAGGAGGACCUUUCGCAUUUCAAAUUUCCAGACCGUGACGAGACUCUCCAACAAGUGGUGCACCAUGCCGAUGAUCCUAAACGAAGGCUGGAAUAUCAUUCAGAUUAACCUAGCAGAGUACACGCAGAAGGCCUUUCGUACCAAAUACAUGGAGACGGUCGAAAUGCAGAUCAACGCGAGCAUACGAAUCAGAUGCAUCUAUUUUUGUGACAAACUAUACAGCAAUGAUGAGUUGAAAGAGGAAUAUAAAAUUUUUUGUAAAAAGAAAGAGAAGAUUAAGUAUGUUCCCCCGAAAUGCUUAAACAAGCCAUUAAAAAAGAUGGCUAUCAAGAGUGUCGUCAGCGGGGGCGUGUCCAAGGGAGGAGAGGGGACCCUACCGACGGAUACCGAACAGAAGGAAACAACCGGGGAUCCUUUGACGAAGGAGAAUUCAGAACAACCAGAUGUGGAACCAACGGGUCAGAAGAACCUCCAAAGUACAGACAUGGUUGAGGGGAUUGAAUUAUAUCAGGAGAGUACUGAUGACCCCUUUUUUGGUGACAAGAAUGACGGGGAAGGCACCUCCCUGGCGCAGGUCAUCGGGGGGGAGGAGCCGCUCGUGGAAGGGGAAGCACCCAACGAGGCAGAAGAGGAAGCGGCGAAUGAGGUAGCAAACGGGGUAGCCAACGAAGCAACAAACGACGCCGCGAACGAAACAGCGAAUGAGGAAGCCAACGAAGACGCUGAGCACCUGGCGCACAUCAAGACGCUGGAGAUGGACGUCACCAAUGUGCUCUACGAGGACGUCAACUACGAGACGUACAACAAUGACGACAACUGA